AUUCGUCGAUACGGGUUCUUAGGAACCGUGUCCCGAUGCAAUUACAUCGCAGAGAAAUUCUAAAUGGCACCAUCUUAUUUAUAUAAUAAAAUGAAACGUGCAAUGUCUUACAGGCGGCUUCGGAUCAUUUUCCUAUUUCUUCCUAAAUAGUGGGAGGAUUUCUGUAUGAUUUGAAUGUUUUAUACCUCUAGGACGUCAGUUGUCCAAAGAACGGCAAUUUUCCCCCAAGGUUCUUCCUUACACCGUUAUUGAAUGGGAUAUUGGCAUCGCUGUAGAAAUUCUGCUUGCCCAAAAAUGAUGGCGACUUCCAAGCGAGGGAUACGAUCCACCCGGAAACUCCGCGACUGGACCGUGGAGCAGGUGGAGAGCGGGAAAUUCCCAGGUUUGGUUUGGGAUGACCCUCCGGCCAAGACCAUGUUCCGUAUCCCGUGGAAACACGCCGGGAAGCACGAAUUCCGCCAGGAUGAAGACGCCGGCUUCUUCAAGGCUUGGGCUAUCUAUAAAGGAAAGUAUAACCCCGGAGAAAGCAACCCGGCAACUUGGAAGACCCGGGUCCGCUGCGCUUUGAGCAAAAGUCCCGAGUUCGAGGAAGUGCAGUCCCGUUCCCGGCUGGACAUCACGGAGCCUUACAAAGUGUAUCGCUUGGUGCCGAUCCUGGAGCAGGUGCUGGGCAAGAAGGCCAAACUACGGAAGACCAAGCGGGAGAGAAUGGGCGAUGCCAGCAGCCCCGAGGCGUCGGCGAGUCCCAGGGAGGUGAUCCAGCCACCAGCAGAUUCCCUUUUGCAGCUGCAGAGGGCGGAGACCCCCACCCCAGAAACCACCGUGAGCCUUGCCUCCAGCGCUUUCAACCCGCCCAACUACCAGAGCGGGGAAGUCAGUCCUCAGGCCGCUGAACCAGCGCCGGAAGUGACCGAGAUCAGCUUCAGCUUGAGUACAGAUCCCAACCCUGUGGUGAGGGCUACUACUGGACCAACAGAGGAUUAUUUUCUUUCCUUAUCCAUCGCCUAUGCGGGAGUUGUGAUCUGCGAGUAUUUGCUACCGGAAGGUGAUUUUCUGAUUACGUCGGUCCCGGCUCCGAUGAACGGCGUGGUCAAUUGCAUGAAACGUGUCAUUCUGCCGGACCCGGUUAAAAUGGCCAAUUCCGCAAAGCAGAAGGCAGUCCAGUCUCUCCUCAACGAUUUGGUAAAAGGCAUCAUGGUGGCCAGUAACCACGAAGGGAUCUUCAUUCUGUGCCGGGGCAACGUCUGCGUCUCGUGGUCAGGAUUUUUAGCCCCUGAGCACCAAACCAAACUGGAAAAUAACACUUACCAGCAGCUGUUCAAACCCCGGGAUUUUCAAGCAGCUCUGGAACAGCAUCGCCAGGGCUUGGCGCCUCUGCCGGAUCACCGGAUCAUUCUAUACGUGGGAUAUGAGCUGGAAGGAAAUAAAUGUACGGACCGCGAGCUCAUCGUGAUUCAGAUGGAGCAGGCCUUUACUAUCCGGCUGCUUUCCUCCAGCUGCUCCCACUAGCUGAAGAUCCUCGUUUCCUACUGCAGUGUGGUUUUCCUGGUCACCUUAUCUGCAAAACCCACGCCCUGAGAACUCAAAGCUUUCAGUUCCUCCCUUCUCCUGAGCAGAAGAGACCAACAUCCGCUGGGGGAUUAUUCGUUUGGAAGCCAAAUCCGAUGGGUCUGGAAGCAGGUCCAUAACUGUUUAUAGACCGUCAUAAACGUGAAGCAGGUCCAUAACUUCUACGUGAUUCCUCCUUCUCCAACUGUGGCUUCCUACGAUGGAUUGGCAAGCGUUAAACCGGUGACAUCCAAAGUAAAACACUAAAACACGCCCAGAAAAUUCCACUUUUGGGGACCAGCUCUUUUGUUUUGGAGGCGAGGCGAGGAACGUCCUUCUGUAGCCCGAGACCAAGCUGCCAAAUUCUUUUAUUCCCUGGCUGAGAUACGGUGGGAAAAUGUCUUCUCCACCAUCCUGUUUGCUUCCCUUCUUAGUAUGUCACUUUACACUGUUUGCACUUUACCUGAUUCUAGAUUUUAUUUCUAGAAUAAAAUGUUAGUGAAAGUUGUGUUAUAA